AUGUCGCCAAAUACGACUACAACGUCAGCGUCCACACUUGAGGGGUUUCCUUACCAACGAACCCUCUACAUCCGCGAGAUCGAAGCGACACCUAUUUCGCUUCUGAAAUUCCCUCUGAUGAUUAUCGAACCCAUUUACGAAGGUCCCGGAAAGGAAACCACCGAAGAGGUACAUACUCUAAAACACCUCCACGAGCUACUAGAAAAGUAUUAUGCCUUCCUGGCCAAAACUUUGAAGGCCAAAGCUUUGUAUGAGAAGCGCGAAUAUCUGGUUCCGAAGCCAUACGAUGCUGCUGCGUGGACUGCGGCCAAUGGAGAUGAGCCGUGUGUGCUACCGAGCAUACGCGUGCGUUUUCCAGGACUCUUCGACGACUAG